UUGCUGAGACUAUACACCAACAAGAAGAAGUAAGCGUUUCUAACCUUAGUUUUAGGUGUAAAUAUUAUUGAAUUGUGAAUUUUUUGAUAAACAGUGUGAAAAAGUGUGCAUUAUUGCAUUGUGAAAAUUGUAAUUUAGUGUUUUAAAAUGUUAACAGAUACUAGUUCCAGAAAUAAGGUUUGUUUUUAAGACUGUUAGGUGACUACGUAGCAGAGUCCUACUUUUAGGGCUCCAUUUCUUUCAUUUAAGAAAAUGGAAAAGCAAAAGGUACUAAUAUGUGGUGAUGUUGAGGGAUGUUUUGAUGCACUUUUUUCACGAGUAGAAAAGUUAAACGAAAAAUCAGGCCCUUUUGAUUUAUUAUUAUGUGUAGGCAAUUUUUUUGGAAUUAAUAAUAAAGAAUUUGAAGCAUACAAACAGGGUUUUAAAAAAGUUCUUGUUCCAACAUACAUAUUGGGCCCUAACAAGCAAGAACAUGUUCAAUAUUAUCCAACAGAUGAUUCUGAAUUAUGUCCAAAUGUAAAUUACUUAGGAAAAAAAGGAAUGUAUUUAAAUAGUAAAGGUUUAAAAAUUGCCUAUUUAAGUGGGAUUGCAAGCGAUAAUAACCAGUCUGAACUACACACCUACAAUGUUGAUGAUGUUAAAGGUUUAGUAGAUGUUUGUAAACGAGGAAAUCCAAAUUAUAAAGGAAUUGAUAUUUUAUUAACGUCACAAUGGCCUAAAAAUGUGAUGAAGAAUGACCCGAACUGUAAGUUGAAUUUAACUUUUACUCAAACUACCGAUUUAAUAUCGUGGUUAUCAAUUCAAUUAAAACCACGAUAUCAUAUUUCUGGGUUAGAGGGUGAAUUUUACGAAAGACCCCCUUAUCGUGCUCCAAUUUUAUCUGAUCACGACGUAUCAACAGAAAUUGUGACCAGAUUUUUGGGUCUAGCUCGUGUGGGGAAUAAGAACAAGCAAAGAUGGUUAUACGCAUUAAGUUUAACCCCUAUUGAGUACAUGAAAUACAAAGAAUUAGCCCAAAAGACCACUGAUGAAACCCCUUGUCCAUACGAUCUAGAUGAUCUUGAAUUAAAAUUGUUUAAAUCAAAAAGAAAAUCUGGUAACUCUGGACAGUAUUUUUAUGAUGUUGAUAGUUAUAACGCAGAAGAAGAAGAAGGUAAAAAACACAGGCCACAUAAUAAAAGGCAAAGAGUUGAAUUUGAUCAAAGCAAAUGCUGGUUUUGUUUGGCAAGUCCAUCUGUUGAAAAGCAUUUAAUUAUUACAGUUGGAGAGGAUGUAUAUCUAGCCCUUGCAAAAGGAGGUUUAGUUGAAGAACACUUACUCAUAUGUCCAAUAGAGCACCAUCAAUCUGCCCUUCAUUUACCCCACAAUGUUUUAUCAGAAAUCGAAAAGUUUAAAAAAGCAAUUAUAGAUUUCUACAGUACAAGCCAAAACGUUACGAUAUUUUUUGAACGAAAUUAUAAAACAUCUCACAUGCAGAUUCAGGCUGUUCCAGUUCCAAAAAAACUUUCCAACGUUUUAGCCAACUCGUUUCUCAACGAAGCCGAGGAAAAUGGAUUUGAUUUGGAAAAAUUGGAUUCAUGUAAUCGUAUAGAUCAGGUGUUACAAAAGGGGGUUCCAUACUUUGUUGUCGAACUCCCCGAUAAAGGGGAAGUUUAUUACGUUCAAAUUCAAAAAUCGCAAAAUUUUCCCUUAAAUUUCGGGAGACAGGUUCUUGCUUCUAAACAGGUCCUUAACAUGCCUAAUAAAUCUGAUUGGAAGGAAUGUACCAUCAGUGAAGAUGACGAAAAAGUUUUGGUUGCAAAAUUGAGAAAACAAUUUGAAUCUUACGACUUCAGUUGAAUUAAUAUCUUUUUGUUCAUAUUUUUCUGUAUCCAACUUUGUAAUUAUAAGCAAAGAAAUAAAAAGA